AUGUAAUAUUAAUUUGAUAAACAAAGAUUCAUUAUAAGAUUUUACUUAAUGUUUAGACAAUUUAUAAUGAUUACUUGGUAACUGCAGAUCGGGUAUGAAAUGACUUAGUAGAGAGUUCUCAGAUCCACUAUUUCACAAUUAGUAUAUUAAAGUGUCUAUCCAGGAUUGAAAAUCCCAAAGCUUAAAAUACAAGAUAUUCUUGUAUUACUAAUCCACUCAGUUUCGUCUAAGAUACAUUUCCUAUUCAAAAAUAAAGGUUGCAUUUUUAGUUCACUUUUAUUGAUACUCAGAAACAAUUGCUUUUUAUCAAUUAACAAAUAUAUUUGUAUGUAGAAAUAGUUAAUAUUUAAUUUCAACGAAAAUUGUUUUUCAAUAUCCUUUGAUCUUUUUGUAAUUAGAGGAGGAUCAGGUGGUUUAGCUAGCAGCAAAGCAGCUGUAUAGCUGAGGGAAAAAGUAGGUUUGUCAGACUUUGUUGUGUGGGAGGAACAUGUGUAUUUAUAAUUAUUAUCCAAAUAAACUAUAAAUGUUGGGUGCAUUCCUAAAAAAUUAUUUCACGUUGCUGCUUAAUUGGGUGACUAUAGAAAAGAUUAGGGUAAAGGUGGAUUGAGUGGUAUUAAUGAAAAUAGUCUCAAAAUUGGUUUAAGUAGUGAAUAUUAUGAUUCGGAGACUUAACAAAAUGCACGAGAAAAUCUCAAGAUUGCAGGAUAAUGA